AUGUACGAAGGGAUUGACAACCUGAAAUCCCUUUACGACCGUGCCGGGAAGACUUUCUCCGGCGGUCCUUCUGCGGCACAGGAUGUGCCGCGUCGUACUGCUCAACCAGACCCAGUACGUCAACCAUCAGUUGGGAGCGGGGCUCCCAAGUAUCCCAGGACGGGGGAUAGCCGCGCCACCGGACGAGAUAACUCGUCCGACAUCCGUUCACGUCGCGGUGGUUCAACAGCUGCUCAACUAGAUAGCGCUGGCUACCGAGAGAGUCCUCUAAUGGAGGUGGAGGAGGAGGAAAGACGCUCUCCACACGAUCAUGUGGAUCGGUGUGUUCUUGAGAGCUUCUUUGAUCGCGUAAGGCAAGGGUUACGCGACGAUAUCAAACAUGAGCGGAAUAGGCGUCUCCAAAUGGCGGACACUGCCUCGAAGCAUCGAGCUGAGUUUGCCUUUGCUCAGCUUGAGAACGAGAGAUCUCUGACAUCUCUUCGUGACGAGCUAAGGGUAGCUCGUGGGAUUGUUGAUCGGUCUCGGGAUGAGAUAGCUGCUCUUCAGACCCUUGUCGAUGCCCACCAUCGGGAGCACAAGGCUCUCUGCGAGAUGCUUGAGCGCAAGGGCGUUCUUCAUCGGAAGAAGCAGCGUACUGGUGUUACGGCUUAA